AUGGAAAAAAUUAUUACUAAAACAAAAAGUCAAUCAGUUCGUUUUCAUGAUAUUAUUGUACAGAUUCAAACAGUUAUAUUUAAUGAUAUUGAAUGUUUAUGUUUGGAAGAUGUUCAACGACGUUUUCCUUCUGUAACUGUCUUAUGUAUUGAUAAUGUUCAAUUAAGUUUUCUUCGUGAUAUGAAUGGUAAUCAACUUAUUCCAUUACGUAUUGAAGCAAUCAAAGAUCAAAUUAUUGAAGCUAUAGUACCUAUAGAAAAAUCAAAUGAUGAAAUAUACACAUUCUUUGAUCGUAUCGAUACAAAAAUGCAAGAUAUGAAUAAAAAAACUGAUAUUAUUCUUGCUAAUACACAAGAAACUCUCGUUCGAAUAAAACAUGUUAUGACACAGAUGUAUGAAUUACAUGAAUAUACAACUCCUCGUUAUUUUUUUAUUUUACCAGUUAAACAUCAUAAUUGGACUUCGAUUAAUACGGUACAAAAUUUAUUUCUUCUUCAUUAUAAAUUAUAUUUCUUAUGUGAAUGUUCGAAUGAACCUGAUAAAUUACAUAUUGCUCCACAUGAUGGUUAUUCAAUUAAGAAACCAAAUGAAUUUAUUGCUAAUUAUGGAUCUUAUUUACGAACAACAUUAAAUAUUGCUCGAAGUUUAUUUUCUAUUGGAAGUUUUGUUAUUCCUCAAUCAGAAAAUGUAUCAACUGUUGUAGUCAAUACUUUACCAUCAUUUAUUAAAGAAUCAAAUAAUUAUACUGAUAUUAAUAAUAAAUUAGAUUUAGUUGAAAAAAUGCUUAAUCAAACUAAUAAUGAAAUUUCACAUGUAGAUUCAUCUAUGAUUCGAAAAACAGUGCUACCAGAAACAUCACUUCAAGGUGCACAACUUCGAGAACUUGAAGCUUUCUUAGAACUUGUUGAUAAUAAACAUAGCUUAGGAAAUUUAUAUCGAACAAUUACUAAUGAUGGUCAUGUUCGUUGGGUGUGUUUAGAACAUUAUCAUACGAUGAGUUUUCAUAAUAAAAUGUCGGAAUAUAUUCAUCAAUUAGAAACUUUUGGAGGAAAAUUUAAUCAAGAAACGAAAGAAGUUAUUUUAACAGGAACUUUAACAACGAAAAAUAUCACAAUGUUUUGUAAUGCUUUGACAAAAGGUUUUACAAUUUUAACUCUCGUUCUUCAAAAUUGUUCGUUUAAUACAAAGGAUCUUGACAAAUUAUUUGAUGUUAUCAUUAAUCGUUCUUCUAUUCAGCGGUUAGUAAUUAUGACUGUUGAAGUUUAUAAAUGGAUGAAAAUAUCCAAAUAUGUUUGUAACAAUAUGAUUGUUUAUUUUAAAAAUCAAUCAUUGAAAGUACAAUUUUGUAAUCAUCAUCAAAAUGAAGAUACGAAAAUAUUGAUUCAACUUUUACAACAAAAUAAAAUAUGUCGAACAUUUAAUUUCUUUGGUUAUGACCUUUUAAUACAAGAUCAAGAUUUAUUACAUUGUCUCAAAGGGAAUAAAGAAUUAACAACAUUAAUCAUAAAUCAUUUUAUGAAUAUAGAAUUCUUAAAUGAAAUAAUUACUUCGAAUUGUUCACCAACUCGAAUAAAAUUAAGUUAUUGUUUUAAUUUAUCAUCGACUUUAUUUAGUCUUUGUCAAGCACUAGGACAAAAUGAAAAUCUUAUUGAUCUUGAUAUUAUAGAUCAGACAUGUAUUAAUGAUAAAGGUGCAACUAUCGAACUUCUAAAUGUUUUAAGAAAACAUAAAUCAAUAAAACAUGUUCAUCUUCAUGUUUUCAAUGUACAACCAUCAAACCAAAAUGAAAAUUGUCUUAUCAUUUCAUUAUUAAAUGAUUCAUUUAUUUCUCAUCUACGUAUAUCAGAAUCCAUUAUUUCUCAUCAAUUUAUAGAAGCACUUGUUCAUGCUUCUAAAGAACGCCAUUCAUUAACUUAUCUUGAAUUUUAUAAUAGUCAAUUAAACGAAGAUGAUAUUUCAAUAUUACAAUUGUUAUAUACUAAUGAAAGUUUGACUCAUUUAUUAAUAUCCAAACAACAGUAUAUUUCUGUUGCAAUAACAGAAAUUCGACAACAACUUGUAAAUGAAUUUUCACAAUAUCAAAAUACCAGACUUGAACAAAAAAUUGCACAAUCUUACAUUCAUUCCUCGAUAUGUUUAGAUAAUAUGGAUUUAAUUGAUCAAGACAUGGAAAUCAUAGUCAAACAAGCUAUUAUAAUUAAACAAUGUAAUUUCAUUUCAUUACAAUUCAACAAAUUUACAUCAAUUGGUAUAUCAAUUUUAGCUGAUGCAUUAAAUAAUAAUAAUACAUUAGAAACAUUAUAUCUUGGAAAUAAUUAUAUUUCUGAUGAUGGUAUUUAUUUUCUUGCUAAUAUACUUUCAAUUAAUAAUCAUACUCUCAAAAUACUUGUUCUCCAAAAGAAUAGAAUAACUGAUAGAGGUGUAAAAUAUCUCGCACAAAUGAUCAAAGUUAAUCAAACAUUAAUUUGGUUAUAUCUUGGACAAAAUGAAAUAAGUGAUGAAGGAGUUCGAAUAUUAACACAAACAAUUCAAAAUCAAAAUCAUACAAUUGAAAUGUUAGUUCUCUCUGGUAAUAAAUUAUUGACAGAUUUAAGUAUUGAUUAUCUUAUUCAAAUGAUUCAACAUAAUCAAUCAUUGAAAAAAUUAUGGAUUGAUGAUUGUAAUUUGUCUGAAUUAGGCAAAGAAAGACUUAAUAAGAUACAACAAACAAAAAAAGAUUUUUAUAUUAGUCUAUAA